GACCCACCACCUCCUGUCCCACCCUCCUCAUCGGUCCUCCCACUCCUCCCAUUUUUCUACCGAUUUUUUUUCCCGGUUCGGCGGCGCAUGCUUCUGCUUAUCAUCCGCGUACAACCGCUCGGCAAUGGUGGAUGCAAGCGCGAUGAAGAAGGCGUUCACCGUGUCGGAUAUCAAACCGCUGGACCAGUACGAUUUCAACCGAGCCAAGAUUUGUGCCAGUGUCCGGUGGCUGCUGUCAAAAUCAUACGGGUCCGCAGAGAACGUUCCGGUGGAGCUGCGGGAGCCCUUCUACAAGGACCAGUAUGAGCAGGAGCACCUGAAGCCCGGGGUGUCGGCGCUGCUCCUCUCCCCGGAGCUGUACUGCCGGGCCCAGGCCCUGCUGGCCCAGGCCCACGGGGUCUCCCUGGGGGCUUCGAGGGGCCCCCCCGGCGACAACUCGGCCCUGCUGCAGCUCCUGACCAAAAAGGGCUUCGCUCCCCGGGACCGGGACAUCGACGUCACAGAGGAGGACCUCUGUCACACGCCCAUCAAGACGAAGGCGCACCUGGCCCUGAUGGAUGCGCUGAUGUCAUUGGCUGCCAAGGAGACGGUGGGGCGGGUGAAGAUGGCCGAGGAGGCCGGGCAGAUGGGGGCAGGAGAGCCCUGGGAGAACGCUCUGCUCUUCUGGGUCAACAGGUUGAACCAGACGUUGCGAGAGAGCACAGAGGAAGAACCGCCCAAACCUCAAACGUGCACAGAUCUCCAGCCUGCUGAGGAAACUUGUCCUUCCAACCGAUGGUACUGGAAACUAGUCCCAAUCCGCUAUAAGAAAGAUAAGGUGCUGUCUAAGAGGACUCCCACCUUCCCUCUGGUGUCUGGAGUCAAAGAUCUCUCUAAUGGAUGUGCAGUGGCGGCCGCGUUACACUACUACUGCCCUAGCAAGCUGCCUUUAGAGGAUGUGUGUCUGAAGGAUACCAUGUCAGUGGCUGACAGCCUGUACAACCUGCAGCUGAUCAAGGACUUCUGCGCCAGCCACCUGCAGAGCUGCUGCCCCCUAGCUGUGGAGGACCUGCUCUACGCCCCGCCGGCACUGCACGUGAACAUGGUGAGUUUCGUGGCAGAGCUGCUGGAUUGGUUCGAGAUCCAGAAGCCUGAGUUUGUCCAGCCAAGCCAGCCCCUGGACCUCUCAGAUGUAUCAGGGCUGUUGGAUUGCACCAGUCCUGUCAGCGGCAUCGGAAACAGCGGUUCCCCGUCCUUUCUCUUCAAGCAGCCCUACCUGCCCAUCUCGUCGCCGAUGUCCCCAGAGGGUAAAACAUGGGGCAAAAAACAGAUCAGCCGCCCCCUGUCGGCCGUGACCUUCAGCAUCCCGUUCGGCCUGGACAGCGACGUGGACGUCGUCAUGGGCAACCCCGUCGAGUCCUUCCUGCGCUCCUCCCCCGGCGGCACGGACAGCCUGAGCCGCACGGCGGGGGUCCCGGCCCUGACCCGGGUCCCCUACAGCCCCCCCGAGGACCUCAGCCACCUGGUCAGCGCCUCCCUCCCCUCCCAGCGGGGGCCCUCCUCCCGGGGGCCCCCCGCCUACCCCCACGCGGGCCCCCCGGCCAGAGACCUGUCCACCAUCGAGGAGGCGCUGGCGGCGACGCUCCACGCCGCCCCGGGGAGCGGGGGGGCGAGGAAGGAGAAGGAGAAGACGGGGGCGGACCCCGCGGCAGUGGGGGGAGGAGGAGGAGGAGGGCUGAAGGAGCCCCGCUUGCGUCCAGAGGGGGCGCCGGCGGGCUUCUUCCUCCACUCCCCCGAGGUGGGGGAGGUCUCAAAGCUCAGCAGCUCCGCCCCCGGACGCUCCGGGAUGUUCCACCGGCCCGUCGGCGGGGAGCCGGCCCCCGGGGGCGAGGGGCGCGGGCGGGGGGACACGCGGGACAGGCCGAGCCGGGCCCCCGACACGUCCCGGGACGACGACUCGGUCCUGCGCGACGGCAGCGUGGACUCCUCCGAGGCCUCCGAGGACCUCCCGAGGAACGCGCCGGGGAACCUCCGCCCCCGCGGCGGCGGCGGUGGCGGCGCGGGUAACCCCGGCAACAGCGGCGGCAACAGCGGCGGCAGCGGCGGCAGCCCCCGCAUGACGAACUUCGCCGAGCGGCGGGACAACCGACGGAGACAGCCCGCCUCCGAGGAGCCGAGCCAGUCGACCCCGACCACGCCGGGGACCCCGCACGCGCCCUCCGCGCCGGCGGCGGCGGCGGGGGCCGGGGCCCGCGGCCACCAGGACAGCCCGGACUCCAGGGGCCCCGAGCCGGGCUCCGAGGCCCGGGAGCUGGGGGCCAAGCUGGAGGAGAAGCGCAAAAGCAUCGAGGCCCAGAAGAGACGCAUCGAGGCCAUCUUCGCCAAGCACCGCCUGCGUCUGGGGAAGACGGCCUUCCUGAAGCUGAAGAGGGAGCAGGGGGAGGGGGGAGGGGGCGCGGAGGGCGCCCAGGACGACCAGCUCACCCUGGAGGAGCGCCUCACCCGCAUGGAGGAGGAGCUGAAGCAGGAGGAGCUGAAGGAGAAGGAGGAGAAGGACGGAGGGGAGGGAGCGGGGCAGGCGGAGGGGAACGCUGUGACUCCUCCACCGCCGCGGCUGGAGAAGCAGGUCACGUUCGCUGUGGAGAGCCGCAAGGCGCCGCCGACCGACGGAGAGAAGGGGACGGAGGAGGAGAAGGAGGAGGAGAAGGAGGAGGAGAAGGAGAAGGUGGCAGGGAAAGCAGGCGGCGCUGUCCUGGACGACUACAACGGCGUGGUGCAGAAGCUGAGCGAGGCGCUGCUGUCGCUGCAGAAGGACAUGCAGAAGCUGACCGACCAGCAGCAGCAGCUCAUGGGCAAGCCGAGGACCACGCCCGCGACCCCUCCCGCGACCCCGCCCCGCACCCCGACCAAGACCCCCGUCCGGACCACCGCCGGCAAGGCCUGGGUCACCCAGCCCUGUCCGGUCCCGGCCUCCCCCGGCUCGCCCUCCCGGCGGGCCCACGGCCUGAACAGCGCCGCCGCGGCCGCCCUGAAGACGCCCCUGUCCUCCUCCUGCCCCGCCCCGAAGACCAAGCUCCCCCCCUCCUCCACCGCCCCCCGCAGCCCCAAGCACCACGCGCGGCCGGCCCACCCGCCCCAGCCCCGGCCCUCUGAGCUCAAGUUCCCCCCGCUGGCGCGCGUCCUGACCACGGCCAACCACGUGGACAGGCUGCCCCACCUGCGGCGGGCGUCGCCCAGCAAGUGCCAGGUGCAGACCUCCUCCUCCUUCCGCAUCGGGGGGCCCCGGACCCCCGUGGAGCCGCCCCCCCCGCCGCCGCCGCCGCCGCCCCAGCACGAGGAGACGGCCUCGGAGACGGGCUCCAGCGGCACGCCCACCCAGUUCAGCCUGGAGCUGGAGAACGAGGACGGGGGCGUGCUGGGCGACCUGGUGUGCCUGGCGGGGGUCCUGCGACGGGACCGCUCCGGGACCACGCUGGGCAGCAGCUCGGGGGCGCCCUCGGAGUGCUCCUUCGAGAGCGAGACCCUUUCGCUGUCGGCCGCGUUCGGCGCGGGGGCCGCCGGCGUGGAGGCCGCCCUCGCGGGGAGGAGCAAGGCGUCACCGUCGUCCCCGGCGGGGCCGGAGGGGGGCAGCGACGAGCCCACGGACGGGGACCACGAGUUCUCCUCGGACUCCAUGAGCGACCACACGGAGCCCGCCCUGGAGCCCGCGGGGCGCUCGGAGACCCCGCUCGUACCCGGAGGACCCGCGGAGCUCCCGGUGGGUGUGGUCCUCACGGAGCGCCCAGCGGCCGCAGAACCCAGGGAGGAGGUCUUCACUCAGGCAGAGGCUCAGCGACCGGCGGCCGGCCUGACCGCACCCAGAAGUGGAAUAGGGUUCGUCUUUGAGGAGGAGAUGCACAGUGAGGGUGAGAUGGCCCACCGGAGGGCUCUCCUGCUGGAGCGACAGCAGCGGCGGGUGGAGGAGGUGAAGGAGAAGAAGAAGCGAAGGCAAUGGCACGAGAAAGAAAGUGAAGAGAAUGAAAGCAGACCCGGUUCAUCGGAGGAGCGGCACAGGUCCCCCUGCCCGACCCCUCCCCCGGCCACCACCUCCCCCUUCCCCACCCCCCCUGGUACCCCCGUCCGCUGGGGGGACUUCACGCGGGGGGAGCACAACCUCAGGCACCAGCUCAAGAUCAUGGCUGACCUGGGCAAGGUGCUCCAGCAGAAACCAGCCAAUCAGGGACGAGCUAGCAGCAAGAAGACCCGCCCCCGAGCCCGGCCGCGCAGCGCAUCCCGGGUGCAACCGCCACUGUCUCAGAGCCUGGACAACGGCAUUCUGGGCUCCAAGUUAACCAAGGAGUACUCGCACUCCACCCUCAACCUGGCUGCUGGUGAGCCGGGCACCAGUGACAGUGAGCCUGCCAAGAAACCGCCAAGUGCUCCGAAUUCGCCUUUGAGGUGCUUGUCGUCAAGCAGACCGAUCAAUACAUCAGUUAAUCCAAAGUCACAAACAGACGGCGAUGUUUGUCCCAAUGGCACACCCCCUGCCACGGAUUACACAGGUCCAAAACUCUUCAAAGAGCCCAGCUUCAAGUCCAACAAGUUUAUCAUCCACAACGCUCUCUCUCGCUGCUGCCUGGCCGGCAAGGUUAAUGAGACCCAGAAGAACAAGAUUGUUGAGGAAAUGGAGAAGAGUCCGGCCAACCACUUCCUCAUCCUCUUCCGCGACGCCAGCUGCCAGUUCCGGGGCGUGUACACCAUGACCCCCGACACCCAGGAGCUGGUCCGGCUGACCGGGGUGGGUCCCAGGACCAUCGGCUCCUCCCAGGUGGAGUCCAUCUAUAAGUACAGCUCAGACAGGAAGCAGUUCAGCGCGAUCCCAUCCAAGACCAUGGGCAUGAGUGUGGACGCCUUCACCAUCCCGGGCCCUCUCUGGCACGGGGGGGCGGCAGGGGGGGGCGCUGGGGGGAGCAGGCGGGCCAGCGUUACUAAGAAAGUGGCUGUGUCUAAGUGAUCAAUGAUGUUUGAUUAUUGCUUCACUUUAGCGCAGGCCCGAGUGCAGUUCACUUGAAUUCUUCCAGGAGAGUCAUAAGACGCUUGCUGAAUCUCUUUGGCCAAAACUUGAAGAUACAUUUCUUACCUGUUUAGGAUUCAGGGUGCAUAUUAGGAUUCAUAUGCAUUCAACCAUUUUUGUUUAGAAUUCAAUAAUAUGUAUGAUUCCGGAUAGUAUGUCCUGUGUAUAGCAGGCCAUAGCAGGAAUUCAUUGGGUUUAAGCACGAUUCAUUUGAAUAAUUGGGCCCCACAAUGUAUGACCAUUGGGUGGUCCAAGAUUGCCCAAUACUAUCAUUAUUAGAUUUACAGGCAGAAAUGCUUGAUCUCAUGUCCUUUUGCUAAGGAAAGUUGCAGUCCUUUUUAAAUGUAGGCCUAUGGUACUCAAACCACUUCCUUCAGAAGAAUGAACAGACUUUUUUUCAAAACCCCAAUAUACCUGAGGAAAAUACUAGACGUCGUAAAUGAACUAGACGUUCAUUUAUCAUUUCAUUGAUUAAAAUGAAUAUUUUAAAAGGUUUGCUUUAAUUUAUUCAUGUGGAAGAGAGCGUUCCACGUCAUGAAUAAUCAUGGGGAAAAUGGACCUCUGCGAGUCUCAAAAAUCUCUUCCAGAAGCUUCUUGUGGUAUCACGAUAGUUGAAUGGCGUCGGCUUUAUACCUUACACCAAACAUGGUAACCACACCUUUAAAUGCCUUCAAAAGUCAGAAUGAAAUACAGGACUUUUUUAUUUUUUACAUUUUUUUUUCUUUUUAAGAUUCCCAGUGAACGAAACACGUCCAGGCGAUGUCAAGGACGUGUUUUUCUUGCUGUACCAAAGCCUUUCAGAGCGUCUUUUCAGAACGCUUUGUGGACAUCUAAUUCAAAGGCUGAAUGGUUUGUAAACACCCACAUUGGUAGACAAAUAUCCAAGGUUGUAUUUAAACAUCUUGAUGCUGGUACCAAGUUGUUUAAAAGCACAUGGGGAGAGGGGG